AAUGGAAGCUAAUGAUAAAAUACUUAAAUGUAAAAGUCUAAUAAUAGCUAGUGGAUUAAGUAAACCUGUCUUACCGACUUUUGAAGGGAGUCAAGAUAUGAUUGGAUACGAGGAAAUGCCCUUAGAUGAAGAUUUUUAUAAAGGCAAAGAUGUCCUUAUUCUUGGUCACGGAAAUUCGGCUUUUGAAACAGCAAAUGCGAUUUAUGAAAAAACAAAUAAAGUUCAUAUUCUGGGUAGAAAUAGAGUAAGACUCGCGUGGGAGACUCACUAUGUAGGAGAUAUAAGAAGUGUAUAUAGUCAUCUAAUUGAUACCUAUCAAUUAAAAUCUUUGGAUGGAAUCUUGGAAGGGGAAAUAAAAGAUUUCAAAUUAAAAAAGGUCAAGGAUAAAUUCUAUUUCCAGACAGAUAAUCUGCCUGAUACUAUGGAUAAUUUUGCCCUAAGAGAAGGUUAUGAUAUAGUAAUAAGAUGCUUGGGAUUCAAAUUUGAUAAUAGUAUCUUUUCUGACUUAAUGUCACCAGCAUUGACAAAAAGUGAAAAAUAUCCUGAAAUAGAUGAUAAAUUUCAAUCAACAAACAUUGAAAACCUCUAUUUUAUUGGAACAACUGCUCAUUCUUUAGAUUAUAGAAGAUCAUCAGGAGGGUUUAUUCAUGGGUUUAGAUAUAUGAAAUUAAUUACUGUCAUUCUAAAGAGAAUUAAUGAAGUUAGUUCACUGUAUCAAAUGCACGGAGUUCUCGGUGAUAUAAUAGCUAUUGAUAGAGAUAACAAACAAUUUCAUUACUUUGAAAAUUAUUUAAUAUCUAAUUUGCAUAAUUUUGAAAAUGUUACCGGUUAUCCCAUAAACGAUGUAUUAAUUCUAGUAUUAAAUUAUGGCAAAACGUUUACAACACCCGGAAAUGACGUUUUAAGAAUAGACCGAGCUACUGGGGUCUUGGAGGAAGCUCAUCUCAGUAAUUUUCUUCAUCCUCAGUUUUACUAUUAUGAAAAAUUACCAACAAAAGGACGAAUGCUGAAUAAACGUAGAGACGCUAUCUUGCCAUUGCCCGAUAAGAUACACUAUAUCUUAGAAGAUUUUCACACAACGUGGACGUCUCCUACGACCCAUAUUCUCCCUCUUCGAAGAUUUUUAGAAAAUUGCACAAAAACAGAUUUAAGACAUUAUAAGUCUAGUGAUUGUUUUCUGUCGUCAUUUGUUGAUGGAACUUUUCCCAUUGAUUCCACCGGAGGAUCAACAUCGCGUCCAACGACACCUCGACUAACUCCGAGAUCUCCUAGGCAUACUGUCGUUCAUCAGCCUACCGAUGCACUUGUGACAGAGUUUGAUACUUUGUGGAGAGAGAUAACACCAACUGAACGUGAAAAAACAUAUCAGCCUGAAAUUUUACCUAGAACGCCGGUAAAGAAAUUAGAAAAGGAAGACUUUUCUCAAGAUUCAUCAAUCCGGAAUGACGAAAGGAAAGAAAGCGAUGAUGACACUCGUCGACAAUCUUUACAACCAAGUAGGAUAGAUAACUUUUUGUAA